AGACUCGAUCGAGAGAGAGAGAGAGAUAGAGAUUGCGAGAGCUCGUCCCAUUGGAUCGGCCACCACAGCCGAAUCAAUUUCUGCGAAGGAUCCGAGGCCGUGUCGCGCAAAUUUUGAUCUUUCUCCCUCGUGUUGUGCCAAUUUCACCGUCGACGAUCCGACGUACCUGAAUUGGCUCGAUCUCUCCCUAGGGUUUCGAUUCGAUUCGGUUCCGUUUUUGCGAGUCCCAGUCCUCUUCAUGGCCGGCAAUUUCCACCGAGGCGGUUCAUUGUACGGCGGCGCCGCUCCCUACCGAUCCCAAGAGGGACUCAGCACGAGACCCGCGGGUGGCUCCGAUGAAGUUCAAUUGCGGAUCGACCCGAUGCAUGGGGACUUGGAUGACGAGAUCACUGGUCUCCGCAAGCAAGUUCGGCAAUUGAGAAACGUUGCGCAAGAGAUAGAGACAGAAGCAACAUUUCAGAAUGAUCUGCUCAAUCAGCUGCAAAUGACUUUGAUCAAAGCACAAGCAGGUGUUAAGAACAACGUGCGGAGGCUGAACAAGAGCAUAGUUCAGUACGGUUCAAGUAAUGUCGUCCAUGUUGUGGCUUUUGCAUUGGUUUGCUUCUUCUUUGUCUACCUAUGGUCGAAACUUUCCAAAAGAUGAGGGCUGCUACUCUUCUGCGGGGCUAGUAGCAUUGAGCUGCUGAUUUACUGCUAGAGGGAUUUGCUAGGACACUAUAUAAUCAUCUCUCGACAACUCCACUGUAAAUUGUUUUUUUUGGGGAAAUUAUGCUACAUGAGAUUCAUAUGUUGGUGACAGAUUUUCCUCAUUCGGAGAGAACUCACAUCUGCUUACAACCUAUACUUGAAAUGGCAAAAGUGAAUGUUUAUUGCUUCCUUCUACA